UAUUCGCAGCUCGUCGUUACCGUUUAGCUUUGCCUUUAUCGCUUAUCAAGUCGUCGCACUACGAAGGCACGAACAUUCAAUCGUCCAGUAGACAUCACGGACCAUUGAAUACGCAUCAUGGACGACACAAGCGUUGAGCGACCAGCAGAACGCCUAAGCGUACUCAAAUAUCUUGCAUAUUGGGGCAUCGUGUCCGCCGUCUUGGUACUCAUCAUGGCCAUUCUAGGUUUCAUCAGUCUGCCCUCAGUAAAGUGGACGACGGUAGCUCCUCGAAGACAUUCGGCAGCUAAACCAUACCGGGUUCCCCGCCGUUUACGAGUUCAGCAGGCCCCUACCGCCAACGGUUCUUCAGUGCACCUCUGUGGUUCCCGCGCCUGCGUUGAACAAGCCUCGCGUCUUCACGCAGAACUGGAGUACUCCGUCGACCCCUGCGCAGACUUUUACCACUUCGCUUGCUCUCGUUGGAUUCAGAGACACGAGAAGACAUCGCAAGACCAGGUCUUGUCGAACCUAUAUGCAAACAAACUAGCGGACCUACUAGAAGAAGAACAUCCCGAAGUUCCUGAGAUGAAAUAUUUCUUCGGUAACUGCGUACACCCAGAGGAAAAUCUGUUUACUGACGUCCGCGCGACCUUCUUUUACUUGCUCGGCUUUUCUGACUGGCCAUACUUGAGUUCGGCGGCUCUCCUUGUGUCUCCAGAACAAGUUUCCGCCAAGAUAGGAGCUGUCUUCCGGGAGAUGGGUAUAGAGUCAUUGUUUCGAUUCUCAGUAGCUGAGGAUCCGGACAAGCCACGGCUGAAAUAUCUAGCUUUGGAGGAACCACGUUUGCUUUCCUUAUCUCGUGAUUCGGCUUGGAUGGACACAGCUUACAAGAGACUGAUGGAAUUCUACGGGAAGUUCUCUGACACCAAUAUCACGAAGAUAGAGCAGGACUUGAUAUCGUUGAUGGAACGUCCCGAUUUGGAUCCUUUGGCAUUAAAGCGCUGCAAGACUAUGACGCUAAUUGAUUUUCCAGCCAUCGACUACUUACGGUGGGGAACGCUGUUCCGUAACGCGUUUGGUACAGACGCAAUCUACGAGCAAGACGUCGUUAAACUGGCGUGUGCUGGAUAUGUUAUGAACCUUUUCAACCGCGGUGCUUUGCCUAAGGUGACUGAUCUUCUCAACUACAUUCUUUUCCGUAUAGUUGUCACAUUGAGUCCGCUAAUGGCCAAUGCUACUUUACGCGACGCCACUUCGUACGCUUACGUUCCUUCUGGCGCGACUCCUCGCCACUUAUGCGUGCGGCUCCUUGAUAACUACGAACCAGCAGUCCCGAUGUACCUCGCUUAUAACGACAGCACCAAGUACUUCGGUGGAUUUCGCGAUCUGGAAGACCUAGCUGUUAACCACCUUAGUGGCGCGUUUGAGAAGCACGUGAAUGAAGUGUUUCGUACUACCGGUGAGUUCCGUGUGUCUGCCCUUAAGGCACUGCAGGGGGUCUCUUGGGAUCUGUUUCUACCAGGACCUAUGGAGGACACGACCUUUAGGAAACAGUACUUAGACGGCCUUUACUCAAACACGCCCAUGUCACCAUUGGCAUACUUUUAUUAUUUUUGGAUUAAGAAGACGGUCAUGCGACGACGUCGCUCAUCUGUGGGACGACCACGGGAAGACCGUCUGUGGACGGGAUGGACUGGGGGUUUUUUGAGCAAUUUUCCACGGCUGGAGACCCCGUACCAUCACCUUGAGAUUCCCCUGCCUGUCUUUGAUUUUGAGAUGUCCCCCGACUCUUCGGUGAGGCACCUACAUAUUCCACGCGUGGCACCAAGGAUGUACCACGUCCUCUUGAGGUUCCUCUACCACAGAGCGUUGAACGAUGACCACGAGGGUGAUGAAAGUCCAGCUGCUAUCUUCGAAAGGGUUCGCCGAUGUGUGCAAGAGCAGUAUGCAAGUAUCCAAGCUGCGACACAGGCUACCUUGGCGGAUGUGCUGGACGUGAUCGCCCUGGUUCCUGCUCUGGAAGCAUAUCGAUCCUAUCUGCCGGACGAGGUGGAUUAUCGUCUUCUAACUGCGCAGGACCUGAGCAGCCGACAGCUAUUCUUCAUCUACUAUGCAAGUUCUUUUUGCGAGACAGAAGAUGUAUCCCGCACAGGAACGUCGGGCCGCCUUCGCGUGAAUGGUCCUCUAAGAAACAUGCCAGAGUUCGCAGAAGCAUUCAAGUGUCCUCCGGGUUCUUUCAUGAACCCAACUAAAGUGUGCGCCCUGGCAGAGUUAUGAGAAGACAUGUGGGAUAUCUUGAUCGCAUAAUCUCCCAAAAAAUAUAACCGUAGGUCACCUGAGUGGUUUCAUUGUACUGUUACAACAUUUGACCGUAUCAAAGAUGAAUUGUUUAUGGCA